AUGUCAACAACGACAACCACGACCGCCACUGCCCUUAAUACGACGCUUAUCGGCAUGCCUACUGAUAUCACAGCUUCUGAGAAGCAUCGUGGUCAUGAGGGAGUCUUGCCGCAAGGCGAAAUGGCGGCCGAAGAGGCCCAACGGAGAAUCAAGGAGUUAGAAGCACAGGUUCAGGUUCUCAAAUUGCAAAAUACGGGGUCGGUCGAAAAACUCGCCGAGUACGACGAAGAAGUCCGUCGUCUGCGCUCUCAAGCCAGCGCCUACACACCGCGAACAUCGCGAUCCUCUCGAUCAUCCGACGACAUGGAUAAAUCGCUAUCACCAACCCAAUUUCCAGCGCCCAAUGGCCCCGUACAGCCACAACCGCAACAACAACAACAACAACAACAACAGAGCCGUUUUACCGCGCUAACGUCCUUUUUCCCGUACGGUCGUCGUCCUAGCGCUACACCUACUCCUCCGCCUCCACCAGCUUCGGAGCCGCCACAAACCCAAUCGCACGUUAUCCCCCCGCAUCCUGGCCCCGAUCCCGAAGAAACAAUUCAAUUGCAGAAUGCGCUCAGUCGGGAACAAAACUUGCGCAAGGCGGCGGAGAACCAAUUGUCGCAGGCGGCUACGGAACUGGAGGAUUUGACGGCACAACUAUUCAGUCAGGCGAAUGAAAUGGUAGCGCAAGAGCGGAAAGCACGCGCGCGGUUGGAGGAACGGGUUGCGGUGUUGGAGCGAAGGGAUGUCGAGAAGCGGACACGGCUUGACCGGUUGGAGAAGGCGAUGCAGAGGGUGGAGAGGUUGAGGGCUAUGGUCGGAUAG